GCAGAACCCCCGAUUUACUUGCCCAGUUUAAUUAUUCUGCUUCUCUUCAUAUCCGUGGCAUUGGUUGCUGCUGUCAUCUUUGGUGUUUAUUAUAGGAAAAAAGGGAAGGUGCUAACAGCUAAUUUGUGGCACUGGGUCAAUGAGGCUUGCGGCCGCCUAAGUGGAAAUAAGCAGGAGUCCUUGGGCAACAAUUUCAGCAACACUCACGUGGAAGCCUCUAGUCAGCGUGAAAUUUGUGAAGGUGUCCUACUGCUGACUCUGGAAGAGAAGAUGUUCUCUGAAGAUAAGUGCUGUCCAGACAGUGGUGCUGUCUGUGAGGGUGCGUGUGCGGGCGGCGGGCCCCGGGCCAGGGUGCUCCCCUUGCUCAGCGAGCUCGAGGGGGACCCCUUCCGGCACAUUCCCACGGAAGAUGAGUACGUGGACAGGCCCUCCCAGACCCCAGACUCUUCGCUGUUCCUCACUCAGCCUGGGAGCAAGUCCACACCCCCUUUCCCUGAGCCCCUGGAGGUGGGGGAGAAUGACAGUUUGAGCCAGUGCUUCACUGGGACAGAGAGCCUGGCCGAUUCUGAAAGCUGCCACUUCGCCAAGCCCCCGUGCAGGACUGAUUGGAUUCCCACGGCCUCCGAAAAGGACUUGCAAAAAGAAGUGGAGGGUGGCCAUUGCCCCCACUGGGGGGCAGCCCGCGGCAGCUCGGCAGAGGGCUGUGCAAACUGUGGGAACCCGCCUGGGGAGGCCCGGGAACCCCGCAUGGCUUCGCUGCAAAGCGGACCCUUGCCCCAGUGUGCCUAUGGCAUGAGCCUUGCGCCCGAAGAUGCCGCCGCCGGGCCUGGCCAACCCGCCGACGGGGCUGACCGAAGGCUCCCCGGCUCCGUGCGGGGGGGCCCUGGGUCUGGAAGCGCCUCCAGCGACCAGCCACCUGCGUCUGGUAAGUGAUGUCCUGCUCUCUCUCGCUUCUGAGCAGAGAGGCCUGUUCCUGGUGCAGUGUCUGGAGGCAAGGGGCACAGACCGUUUGGGGAAGAAGGACGCUAACAUGGGGAGGAUGCCACUCGAACCUGGUCUCCUGAUAGGCCUCUUGGCAGGCUGGGUUUUGAUUCAGUCCCCACAUUGAGGCUGUGGAUUGUGCCCCCUGUCCCCACCCG